ACUGUAUUCCUUCUACAGACAUCGAGCUGUAAAUGUGGCACUGGAAGUGUUACGGUUAGAAAAACUCGCAGUGAAUAAAUAGAAGCAGAGAUUAAAUAAAGUUGAGUAAACAUACCAUGUCGAUUUUCGACAAUCCCGACCAGCUGCGACAGCUGCAGAAUUUACUCUAUCCGAAUCCCAGUCGGAGACGCGGCGGCGUCGAAUGCAGCAGCAGCAGCAGCGAGGAUGAAGGCGAAUCCCUAGUGGCCAGCAAGCAGACACCUGGUAGCAUUGGAGCACAAGCAGCUGGUGACGCAACCAAGCCGGGAGGCAAAAGAAAAAAGGUUAACUUGGUGGCGACGCCGCUGGUGGAACCGGAGAAACCGCAACCCACUACGCUCGAGGAAUGGGAGGAGGCGCAGGAACGCGAGGAUGCAGAUAUUCUGGAGUCGAGAAAGUGCCCCGAAUACACAAUGACCUACCGCCAGGCUGUGGGCACCGAGGAUGUUUUCCUGCAGAUGGGACAACGCACGGGCGCUUCUGCCAGCUGUGAAGAUCUCAUCCUUGAGAUUGCUUUGCCAGACGAGCCGAUGGCGGCAGAUAAAAUGACUCUAACCCUGUUGGAAAAAGAGGUGGAUUUGGGCACAGCUCUGUACAGACUAAAGCUUCCUCUUCCGCAUCCCGUUGAUGUCGAUCGAUGCAGCGCCAAAUACGAUAGCGAACAGGGCAAGCUGCGGCUAACGCUGAGACUGCGUCGGGAGUUAGACUAUGUCAAUUUUUAAAGCCUAUGUAUAUCAGAGAAACAUGCUACACUACACUAUACUACACUACACUACACAAAUUGUAGAAAACUCGAGCCUCUUAGUAGUAAAAAACUUAUGUGCAUUCA